AUGUCCACACUUGAAAACGUUCGGUCAAGUGACUGGCUUCAACUUGGAAACGACGAAACCUACUGGGUUCAAAUUAAUCAAUACAUUCCUGACGAUCACUUUGAUUGGCAGUCAAUUCUGAAACCCGAAUUUGACUUAGCCCCACGAGAAGGGCAGCGAAAAUUAUAUGUGUGUGCACAGCCCGAGAUUUGGUCUCGUGUACCAAGACAGUUAAAUGCUGAAUGUGACAUGAAAUUUGAACUUGCCAAAUCAGAAUACGUUCAAUACAUCCGCAAAAGCUUUCGCAAAUUCGAGAUAACUUACGUAUCAAUUGCGUUCCCGCUCAAAUAUCAACAUCUCCCCGGAAACGGCGAGCAGUGCCCAGAGCCAUGCGGUAUCGCAUGGGUCAGGAGUUCAGACUCGAAAAAAAAGGUCGAUGUCUUCCUUAACAGUAGUGGACUUCCGGAUGGCUGUAUCUCUAGCUCGGAGUUCAAGAUCUUUGAACUUUUUCUGAGGCAUCUCAAGAGCAAAUGGGAUGAUGUGUGUUCGGUUGCUGUUGAAGAAAUCUAUGAAAUGAUUGAGAUGCGAGAUUGA